UCCAUUCUCCCCCAAGUAGCAUUGCUCCGGUGCUAGAGCUGAGCAAUGGAGCAUCUGCUCAGCCUGGUCCGUGCUGCCUGGUUCUGAGCAACAGGCCCUGCUCCAACCCUUGCCCACUGCCCAUUUCCCUGGCGUAAAUCCCCAUCAAUGAGGUUCUUUCGUCUCACUUUCAAGUGCUUUGUGGAUUGCUUCUGAGCCUGCACCCCGAUCCCCUCCCAGACCCGGAGCCAGCUUCCCAACCCAACACCCGUCUUAAAAGUCUUCUGCCACGGAGCCCUGCCGCCAGCCCAGUGCUAUGGCUCCAGUGCCCACCGAAACAUGUUCAGAGGGCAGUGGGUGCUCAGAGGUGGCUGAGGCAGAGAGUGCUGAACCAACGGGUGGCAAGGGGAGGUCCACCCUUGAAGAAAAAGCCAUCACGGCCCCUCUCGUGGUACCCAUGGGCCCAGCCAAGCCGCCCUUUCCCGAGCGGGAGACCUGGACCCGGCAGAUGGAUUUCAUCAUGUCUUGUGUUGGCUUUGCUGUAGGCCUGGGCAAUGUCUGGCGUUUUCCAUACCUCUGCUACAAGAACGGAGGAGGUGUCUUCUUGAUUCCUUAUCUGCUAAUCGUUUUUGUUGGGGGGAUCCCUGUCUUCUUCCUGGAGGUGGCCCUGGGGCAGUUUAUGAAGCAAGGUGGGAUCUCUGCCUGGAACAUUGCUCCUCUCUUCAAAGGUCUGGGCCUGGCCUCCAUGGUCAUCGUCUUCUUCUGUAACACCUACUACAUCAUGAUCCUCGUUUGGGGUCUCUUCUACCUGGUGCACUCCUUGACGGAGACCUUGCCGUGGGCUACCUGUGGCCACUCGUGGAACUCUCCCCAGUGCACAGAGCUCUUUGGCCUGGGCGGCUGUGGGAACAGCAGCACCAACGGCACUAACAAGACCAUCGCCGGAAACUGCAGUGACCUCGCUGACAAGCGCUCUCCCAUCAUGGAAUUUUGGGAGAAAAAAGUGUUGCGAAUUUCAGGGGAUCUCUCUGAGCCAGGAGAACUCAGUUGGCAGCUCAUCCUAUGCUUGCUCACAACUUGGGUUAUCGUGUAUUUUUGCAUCUGGAAAGGGGUCAAAUCAACCGGGAAGGUGGUAUAUUUCACGGCACUCUUCCCCUAUGUGGUUCUCAUCCUGCUGCUCUUACAUGGGGUGACGCUGCCUGGUGCGCUGGAUGGCAUCAUCUACUACCUGAAGCCUGAUUGGUCCAAGCUCGCUGUGGCUCAGGUAUGGAUUGAUGCGGGCACCCAGAUCUUCUUCUCAUAUGCUAUCGGGCUGGGAGCCCUGACCGCCCUUGGCAGCUACAACCGCUUCCACAACAACUGCUACAGAGAUGCUUACAUCUUGGCUGUGAUCAACAGUUCAACCAGCUUUUUUGCUGGCUUUGUGGUAUUCUCAGUACUGGGCUUUAUGGCAUCAGAGCAGGGCGUGGACAUCUCCCAAGUGGCAGAGUCAGGUCCAGGCCUGGCCUUCAUUGCCUACCCCAAAGCUGUGACGCUGAUGCCACUCUCCCCACUUUGGGCUAUCCUGUUUUUCUUCAUGCUCCUUGUCCUAGGGCUGGACAGCCAGUUUGUGGGAGUGGAGGGUUUCAUUACAGGCAUCCUAGACCUGUUUCCACAGCCAGCGGCAGGAUCCCCACGGAGGGAGAUCACGGCUGCCCUCUGCUGCCUGGUCUGCUGCAUCAUCGAUCUCUCCAUGGUGACCCAGGGUGGCAUGUAUGUCUUUCAGCUCUUUGACAACUAUUCAGCCAGUGGAAUCACGCUUCUGUGGCAGGCGUUCUGGGAAUGUGUGGUGAUUGCCUGGGUCUAUGGAGCUGACCGCUUCAUGGAUGAUGUUGCCCGCAUGAUUGGCUACCGGCCUCUGCCCUACAUGAAGUGGUGCUGGUCCCUCAUUACCCCAGCGGUGUGUGUGGGCAUCUUCCUGUUCCAUGUGGUGAACUACCAGCCGUUGACUUACAACAAGACCUACGUCUACCCUUGGUGGGGAGAGGCGAUUGGAUGGGCCCUGGCUCUGGCCUCGAUGCUCUGCAUCCCCUGCACAGUCUGCUACAAGCUUCUGCGAAGCAAGGGCUCCUUGCAACAGCGAUGGCAGUUGCUGAUCACCCCUGUCUGGGGCCACCACCACCUGGAGUACAUGACACCUGAAGCUGAAGCAAAGCUGCUGCCACCACCAGACGGCGUUGCUGUGGGUGCUCCAGAGAAGGCGACCCUGUUUGAGACUGUGAUUUAAUUCUUCCCGCCCUUCUCCCUGUAGCAAUAAUGCAAGGCACCAAAAUCUGUGGCCAGGGAGGGUUGGAGAAUGGCCAUGUGGAGGGCUGGAGAGUCGGGCCCUUAUGGAGUCAGCAUUGCAGUGCACAGAGGUCCAGAAAUAACUCCCACCCUCCUCAUCCCUCACCCCCUUGUCCAGCCCAGCCCAGCCUCUAGUUGUCCCGUUGGGCCACUCCCAUAUUACCUCAGGAGGCCAUCUUCAUUGAGAUAUCUCUGGAUGAAAAAAGGUCUGGUCUAGCUUUGUUUAAUUAGAUCCUGUAAGAGGGAGGUGCUGUUAGCACGAAACACACGGGGGCACGCUUCCAGAAUUACUCUGGAAAAGCAUCCUUCAAUUGGGGACCCACCAAAUGUGUUGGGACCGCAAUUCCCACCAUCCUCAGGGUUUUUUUGGGGGGGCUUAUAGUGAGUGAAGAUCAGACUUGUCUGAGACCUCCUCGUGUCAGUAUUAGCCCUUGAGCCUCAUACCAAGAGCUUUUAUUCUUUCAGACCAGCAAAACAGGUGGGCAGCCUCUCCUUGGCUGACGGGUGAGAAGCUUCUUGACAGGAUUCCAGGCUUAGUGAAUGCUAUUUCCCCAAAGCAGCAAGAGCUCCAUUCGCUCUGCCCCACCCAGGCUACCUAAGCUACCCUUUUAGACUUGCUAAACUCUGACCUUCUGUGGGAACAUUUUUCAUUGCAUGGCUACACACGGCCCAAUCCCCAGUACGACCUUAGCUGGUUAAGGUGGACUAGCAGUAUCUAUUUUUGUCUCCUUCUCUCCACCGCAAAGGAAAAGACAGCCUUAUUUUCCUGCCUUAUCCUCCACCCAAAGCAUGAAACUAUGUCCUUUCCACACACUUGGUUACAGUUGCACUUAACAAUCUUGAUCAUGUAGCGUUGCCCCCUGGGGUGUGUGUAUGUGUGUGUGUGAUAUGCAUCUCUCCAAAAUUAUUUUGUCCUUCGAACUGUCUCACUGCUCUCUGUUUUUGGCUUCUAAAAGAAAGAUACACAUCUUAAAUAGGCUACAGGUCCUUCCUGCUUGCACCGUUUAACACCAGAAAAUUCCCAUUUGUCAAAAGGAGGGAUUCCGAGACACACACUGUUUGGAGGAUGUUGCAUUUUCUGGCAAUUUGGGUUAACUAUGCAGUCUCUGCA